AUGAGCCUCCAGACAGACAGAAUGGCUAUUGCUGGUGAUCAAUAUCGAUGGCCUACUGUCAUCCCUUAUGCCUUUGUAGAUAGUCUGGAAAUGAAUGCUAAAGGAAUUAUCCUGAGAGCACUUGAGCGGUACCGUUUAAAAACCUGCAUCGACUUUACACCAUGGAGAGGAGGAAAAAACUUAAUUUUGUUCUACCAAGGAAAGGGGUGCUCUUCUUUGGUAGGAAAAAGACAUGGCAUGCAAAAAGUUUCCAUAGGACUGGGCUGUGACAAGGUAGGAAUAGUUCAACAUGAACUCCUCCAUGCCCUGGGAUUCUGGCAUGAGCAUUCCCAUCCAGAUCGAGAUGACUAUAUCAUAAUAAUGGAGGAAAGAAUUCAAUCAGGCAAAGAGCACAAUUUCAGGUCUAGAGGUGAUAAGGAAUCAAUCUCCCUGAAUGUUCCCUAUGACUACACAUCUGUGAUGCAUUACCCCAAAUAUGCCUUCCCAAUUGGAUUGGAACCAACAAUUAUAACAAAAAUCCCUAACUUCAUGGAUACGAUUGGACAACGAAUAGAUUUCAGCAAUUAUGACAUUGAAAAAUUGAGUAAACUCUACAACUGCUCUUCUUCCAUAACCUUUAUGGAUUCGUGUGAUUUUGAACUGGAAAAUAUCUGUGGCAUGAUUCAAAGCUCAGAAGAUAAUGGUGACUGGCAGAGAGUUUCACAGGUGCCUGGUGGGCCUGACACUGAUCAAUCAUAUCUGGGCAAGUGCAGAGGCUGCGGUUUCUUUAUGCACUUCAACAGCAGCUCUGUGAAUGUGGGGGAAAAGGCAAUUCUGGAAAGCCGCAUAUAUUAUCCCAAGAGAGGAUUUCAGUGUUUGCAGUUUUAUUACUACAAUGGUGGUAACAAAGGUGACCAGCUCAAGAUCUACGUCAAAGAAUAUGUCAAAGUUGAUGAUAAAGCCCUUCUGAAGCUGGUGAAUGAAGUGAAAGAUCAACCCAUUGGGAGCUGGCAACUCCAUUAUGUGUCAUUGACAGUUUCCGCCAAAUUCAGGGUGGUAUUUGAAGCAACUCGAGGUAUUGGCACAUCAGCUGGUGGUCUCUCCAUUGAUGACCUCAACCUUUCAGAAACACACUGUCCUCAUCAUCUUUGGAAGAUAAGCAAUUUCACACAAUUCAUUAGCUCAAGGGGAACCAUUUAUAGCCCUCCAUUUUACUCUCCUGUAGGCUAUGCCUAUCAACUUUAUUUGGAUGUCACUAAUCAGGAGUAUAUAGGAAUAUAUUUCUCUCUGAUCUCUGGAGCCAAUGAUGAAAACCUAAACUGGCCAUGUGUAUGGCAACAAGCCACACUGACACUAUUGGAUCAAAAUCCUGAUAUUCGUAACAGCAUGUCCAAUGAGAGGAGUCUGACUACAAGUGCACUUAAGACAUUUGGUGAGGGAAGGGAAACAUAUUAUUGGGACAAGCCCUCCAAAGUAGGAGUGAAUGCAACUUUCCCUAAUGGAACUUCAUAUAGCAGAGGUCCAGGAUAUGGAAGCAGUACCUACAUAACCCACAAAUGGAUACAAAGCAGAGAUUUUAUCAAAGGAGAUACUGUUUACAUCCUUGUGACUAUGGAAGAUAUAUCAAGACUCAGGUUCACUGAUUCCUUAUUUUUCCCUACAAUGGGGCCAGUUCAUCCAACAAAACCUCACACGAAUCUCUGUACCAACUUCACCUGUGAGAAUGACGGCAUCUGUGUUAUCCGCAAUGACAAAGAAGAAUGCAGGUGUCGAUCUGGGGAAGUCUGGUGGUACAUGGGAAAAAACUGUGAGAUAACAGCUUCUAUUUGGGAUGCCAUAAUGAUAGAAGUUCUAUCUACUACAACUGUAUUUGUUGUUAUGCUGAUAAUGGCCUGUGUGAGUGUCUACUUUGUUAAGAAGAAAUAUACAAUAUAA